AUUUUCAACGAGAUUCGCAAUACUACUCUGGCGACAAGAUGUUGGCCUUGAACUUUUCCAUCAAUGUUUACAAACAGCAGCAUCUUUGUGAAAGAGUAUGCAUCUCAUCUCUCAUAGCGAUCAUCCGGUUUCGAAUAUGUGCCUCAAACUGAGCUGCUUUCGAGCUGGAACGAAUGGCGACAGCGAAGAUAAGCUCAACCAGAACCUAGACCCGAGUGGAGGGGCACUUAAAAACGAACGGACACCACGCAGUGGCAUACUUCCAAUCAUCUAUCGCCCGGAAUAUGGUGUAAGAUUUUGCGGUCUCCAAAAGUUGCAUCCAUUCGAUGCGGCCAAAGGAAAACACAUCUACAAACUACUAAAAGCAGGGAAUCUAAUCCUUAGCGAUGAUGAUGUCUCUAAACCCGUCGAGAUCGGUACAGAUGAUCUAUUGGAAGUGCACACCAAACGCUAUAUCGGAAGCUUGAAGUGGAGCGUCAACGUAGCCAAGAUAGCCGAGAUCCCGCCAUUGAUUUUUGUGCCAAACUACAUAGUUCAACGGAGUUAUCUACGUCCAAUGCGUUAUCAAACGGCUGGAUCGGUUUUGGCUGCAAAGCUUGCUCUGGCUUCGCCCACUGGGACAGGUUGGGCCAUCAAUUUGGGAGGGGGAUUUCACCACUGCAGUGCUGACCGCGGAGGAGGUUUCUGUCCUUACGCUGAUAUUACCAUAACCGUUAAAAUGUUGCAGUCCAGCGGAAAAGGCAUAGAGCGUGUUUUAAUUCUAGAUUUAGAUGCCCAUCAGGGUAACGGUUACGCCAGAGAUUUAAUGGAUGACAGUAGCGUGUUUAUAAUGGAUAUGUACAAUUAUCGAAUCUAUCCGAAGGAUCAAGAAGCCAAACUAGCAAUUCGGAGAGCCGUUGAGCUAAAGCCACACACUGAAGACAGCGAGUAUUUGCAGAAGCUACGAACCAAUUUGACCAGGUCGUUUACAGAGUUUAGACCGAAUUUUGUAGUGUACAAUGCUGGUACGGACGUUUUGAAAGGUGAUCCACUCGGUAUUCUUGACAUUACACCGGAAGGAGUUAUCGAACGGGAUGAAAUUGUGUUUGAGAUGGCACGGGCAUGGCACGUUCCGCUGAUAAUGCUGCUGAGUGGGGGAUAUCUACGAAGUUCCGCGCGAGUUAUUGCUGAUUCGAUUCUAAAUUUGAAUGAGAAAGGUCUCCUGCCAGUGUACCAGUGAG